AUGGUUGGCCCCGCGAAACACAAAUCCAAACAGUGUCCCGUUUACUUUGGCCAUCCAUUUCAGUUUUGGAAUGUACGACAACAUUUUGACUUGGCAUCUUCUAUAAAUAUUGACGCUAUGAAAAAGUUAUCAGAUACGAGAAGAGAAAAGCUCAAACUACUAUUACAAGAAGAAGAACAAAGUUUGUUACAAGAACUAUUAAUGAAACAAUCUAUGAAAGAUUGUGAUUAUUGUAAAGAAAGAGAAAAUAAAAUAAAGAAAUACGAAGAAGAGAUAGAAACGGAGAAGAUGAUUGCAUGCAAAAGGGCGUUAGAAAGAGACAAAAUUGCAAAUGGUAUUAUGUGCACUCGAAAAGACAAUAUACAAUUGAGAGCAAUGCAGAAGUUACAAAUGGAAGAGAAGUACAAUAUGGAAAUAGAAGCAGAAAAACUCAAAAACAUUUGGCACCAAGUUCUGAUUAAUGACAUAAAAACAAAGGAAGAGAAAGAAAGGAGAGAAGAAAUGCGAAUAAAAGAUGAAAUGCGUGAACGCAGAAAAGCAUACGAUGAACAGAUAUCUAGUGCGAAUAGAGAGCGACGGGAAACAUUGCAGAAGGAAAGAGAAGAGGAAAACAAAAGAUUAGAGAAGAUAAAGCAGAAAAUGGAACAGGACUACUAUAAUGCUAUGAAACAAAAGAAAGAACAACAAAUGACAAACAGAUUGAAUUUUAUAAAAGGCCACGAGUUAAAAAUAUUACGAUUAAAAAAUGAAAAGAAUAGAGAAAUGGAGAUUGACUUAAAUCAUAUAAAAAUAGCAGAAGAAGAGUUACAAAAAGAGAAGGAGAUUAAAAGGAGACAGAUGAGAAAUUUACAACAACAAAGUUCAAUAUUCGUCGACUACCAUUAUCGAGAAAGAAAUAUGGCGGCGGAAUUAGAACAACAAACUGAUAGGAUUCUACAUGAAAUAAAAACAUUUGAAGAUAAAAGAAAAGAAGAACAUAAGAAACUAGAAGAUGAAACAAGGAAACAUAAAAAAGAAAUAGCUCUUCAAGAAUACAGGCAACAUUUGGAAAACGUGAAUAAACAAAAUAUCGAAGCGAAAUUAGAAAGGAAAAAACAAAUGAAAAGUGUUAAAAGAACAGCGUAUUCUGAAUUACAGAAGAAAUUAAAUAGUGCGAAUGAAGAAUUAAGAAAACAAUUAGAAUAUAGACAUGGUUUAACGGAACAGAUAAAAAAUAAUCACAUUGUUUUGGAAAAUGAACUAAAGGACACAGAACAAAAACAAAAGCCGUUUACGAAGAAACCCAUCACAUUCAGAGAUGCCAUGAGGACCAGAGUAAAUGUUUCGAAGGAAGAAAGCACCACUAACCCGGUUCAUCCAUUUAGAAAAGUGAUUCAAAAUCAUCAAAAAUACAGCCAAUCACUGCCGCAAAUAAUAAGAUAA